GCGAAAAACAAGACUGAGCACUUUAUCUUCUCAGACAGUCCGCCGCAGCCAGACGUGGAAGUACCCACGGGCAAUGAGCAGGACAACCAGCGCGGCCUUUUCCUGGAUGAUAACUCCCCCUUCAAUGCCGAAGCCUUCCGAGACGAACCAGUUCCCGCGGACUCCCCAUCACAGGCCGGGAUGGGGCGAACAGCCUCGAUCCUCGAAGUUCUUCUUGUAGCAGUUGCUUCGCACAUCUUGCUGUUGGGUUCAUGGUGUUGGCCGGGACAGGCCAGGGACACCUGCCGCGGGAUCACAGGGGCAGAAGACAGCCUGGGAACCGAAGCACGGGAUAAUCGAGAUGAAGUACUCGUCAGUGCCUCGCUCUACCUUCACUACUGCUGUUGA